AUGAAUUCUGCACUGCCAUCUGGAGUUGAAAAUACUUUUCUGGUAGAGGUAAUAGGAGAAUUCAUGAUUGGAAUGCUGGGGAAUGGGUUCAUUGUACUAGUUAACUGCAUUGACUGGGUGAAGAGACCGAAGUUCUCAUCAGCUGACUGCAUCCUCACCGGCCUGGCAAUCUCCAGAAUCAGUCAACGUUGGAAAAUGCUAUUUGACUCGUUUGUACUGGUGUUAUGGCCACAUCUAUAUGCCAUUGAUAAACUGGCAAAAAUUUUUUGGACCCUGUCCAAUCACCUAGCUACCUGGUUUGCUACCUGUCUAAGUGUUUUCUGCCUCUUUAAAGUAGCCAGUUCCUCCCACCCCUGCUUCACCUGGCUGCGGUGGCAAAUUCGAGUGGUACUUGUGCUUCUGUUGGGGUCUUUGUUCUUACUGUUUUUGAACUUUGAAUUAGUAGAUGCGUUUAAUGGUGUCUGGACUAACGUCUACAAAAUAUAUGAAAGAAACUCAACAGGGCCCUCAGAUGUAAGUAAAACUCUGUAUCUUGACGUGUUGAUUGUUUUCACCUUCAUCUGCCUAAUCCCCUUUCUUCUGUCCCUGACCUCAUUGCUCCUUUUAUUCCUCUCCUUGAUGAGACACACCAGGAAUUUGCAGCUCAACCCCAGCUCAAAGGACUUCAGCAUAGAGGCCCAUAAAAGAGCCAUGAAAAUGGUGAUGUCUUUCCUCCUCCUCUUCACGGUUCACGUUUCUUCUGUCCUAUUAACAGGUUGGGUUUUCCUUAAACUGCAGAAACAUCAAGCCAAUUUGGUUGUCAUGUUAACUUUGACUCUUUUUCCUUCAAGCCACUCAUUUAUCCUAGUUUUGGCAAACAGCAAGCUGAGACAAAAUGCCUUAGGACUACUGUGGUAUCUUAACUGCCACCUGAAAAGAGUGAAACCUGUAGCUUCAUAG